CUCUUUGGGUGUCUCUCUUGCUUUUAGAUAACUUGACUAUUGAUUUUUCUGGACUUUCCUUGUCCCAAGAAUGAGCCGGAAGCUCGCCCCCGAAGCCAAUCGGUGAGUCUCCUCGCGCGAAUCUGCCCCUCCGCCAGAGUCUCUUACUGCUCUUGGCCUGCCAUCACGCGAUAGUCGCUUUUCUCAACUACAUGCAGACAUAUUGCCCAUAAAUGGUCAUAGACGCUGACAAACGGUUUUCCAGGAUUCUCUUCGUCAAGAACCUCAACUACAACGUGACUGCUGAGCAGCUAUUUGACCUCUUCGGCAAAUUUGGACCCAUCCGUCAAAUACGCCAAGGAAUUGCGAACAACUCAAAGGGUACCGCUUUUGUCGUAUACGAAGACGUUCACGACGCCAAACAGGCAUGCGAUAAGCUCAAUGGAUUCAAUUUUCAGAACAGAUACCUCGUCGUGUUGUACCACCAGCCGGAGAAAAUGCUUAGGUCGAAAGAGGACCUGGCGGAAAGGCAAGAGAAUUUGGAGCGUCUCAAACAGCAGCAUGGGAUAGAAUGA